GCAGAAGAGAAUCAAGCGAUGAAUCCUGCGUGCCUGCGUAAGCGAUGGAUGUAACCGGCGCACGACGUCUGUCGGGCCCGCUGUGAAUGCGAAAUCGAGUCUGGCCGCUUGCCUCCGACCUCGACGUGCUGUACUUCCGACGUCGAUCUGCUGUGCUUGUCCUCCCUCGGCCUUUCGACGCGCUCAUCCUUGCUCUGCAUCGUCUACAGGACCCUGCUUGACCGAUCGUGUCUUCCACGAUGAGCGGACCCGCGUACGACGACUCGGAAAAGGCGCUGGAGACCCCCAUGACGCCGGCCUUCGACGUGAAGGCUAUCUCGCACUCGCAGGACGCGACGGGGAUCUCGCAUACUCGGAGCACGAAGGCCAUCUCGCAUAACUUGGACGCCAGCUCACAUACACAAGACUCGGACCCUGAGAAAUGCGCCUCUACCAACGAGCUGGGGGUGCAAGGCGACGACCUCGAGCGCCGAGGGUCAGGUGAUGCGAUUGAAGGCGACGGCGCCUUCCCGCGCGGUAAAUGGAAGGCUUGGUCUACGGUCAUCGGCGCCUUCCUCAUCCAAUUCUACGUCGUUGGCAUCCUCACCGGCUUCGGCGUCUUCCAAGAGUACUACACCACCGCGUGGCUCCCGCGCUACACGACCUCCGACAUCAGCUGGAUUGGCGGCGUGCAGUAUAUGUUCGAGUUAGGAUUGGGGCCGGUGGCGGGGAGGUUAUACGACGCAGGCUACGGGCGCCUUUCGACGCUGCUGGGCUCCUUUAUCUCGAUGUUUAGCUUCUUCAUGCUCUCCCUUGUCAAGCCGAAUCAGUAUUACCAGGUCUUCCUCGUCCAAGGCGUUGGCAUGGGCCUCGGCCUCAUGUUCGUCUUCGGCACGACCAUGACCAUGGUCUCGCAGCACUUUCGGGGGCAGCGGGCGCUGGCGAUGGGAAUCGUCGCUGCCAGCGCGCCGCUCGGGUCGAUCAUGUAUACGAUCCUCCUCAACCACCUCUUUCAUGGCCCCGUCGGCUUCGCGUGGGGCAUGCGCUACGUCGCGUUCGCCACGCUCGGGUGCUUCGUGGUGGGGAAUGCGAUGUUGUAUAGUCCGGUGAAGGAGGGGGCGAGUGGUCCGGGGAAGGAGGGGAAGCGUAGUCGGAGUGGGAUCAAAUUUCGACGCUCCAGCAAGACCGACUCCAGAAGCGCCCACUCUUCGAGCGAGGCCGAAAGCGUGGAUACGCAGCCUGGAGGCGGCGCAGAGAAGGCCGAUGGGAAGGCGACACCGAAUACCGACGGCGCGGCGACACCGAAGACCGACGGCGCGGCAACACCGAAGAGCGACAGCAGCAAUGCACUCGAAAAGGAGGAGUCUACACAAGUUGCCUCACCUCCCGUCGAAGCCCCCCUCUGGGACCUGCCCUUCGUCCUGGUCAUGAUCAGCGCGCUGCUGUGGUCACUGGGCGCGACGCCGCCGAAUUUCUAUAUGCAGCUCUACGCCGAACUGCACGGCGUCAACGAGCAGCUCUGUUUCUACUCCUUCGCGAUUCUGAGCUUCGCGAGCAUCUUCGGCAGGAUACUUCCGGGCUGGAUGGCGGAUCGGUGGGGCGCGGCGGAGGUGUUUGUGCCGAGUUUGGCGGUGGUGGGCCUAAUCAGCUUCGCCAUGUUCGGCUGCCGGCAUCCGGCGGGGCUUGUCAUUUUUGCGCUUAUCUUCGGCUACUUCUUCGGCACCGUGAUCGCGAUGUACAUGCCCAUGGUCGCGUCCAUGACGCCUGAGGGGGCGGGGAUGGGCCGCCGCCUCGGUGUCUCCCUCACGCCCGUCGGCAUCGGCUCCUUCGUCGGCCCGCCCAUGGUCGGCGCUAUUCUCGGCCCAAACUACGACUGGUGGAAGACGAUCGUGUUUUCGGGGGUCAUGGUUCUAUCCGCAUGUGCAUUCAAUAUCACCGCGGUCGUCAUCUUCCGCCGGCGCGCGAGGGCGAAGGCGGCGGUGACGGCGAACGCUUAGACGCUUGCUUUUCCGAGUCUUGAAGCGUCUACUUUCAUAGAUGAGCGAUACACACAAAUCAACACACGUGCACUCCUUUGUAUAUAAGAUCGUUUAGCCGUCACCCUGGGGGUCGACGCGCGCCGUAUGAUAAUCUGUAUUAUUCACUCCUCUCUUGUUCUUCGCGCAAGUGGACGAUGAAGUAUGCGCUUUGCUUGUGCAGCAUAUAUAGGUUAUUUUGAAGAUCGUCCCCAUCGAAGCU